GGUUUGUAGUGUUUCAUCGUUCUUUCUUUUCGCUUUUGACGUUAAACAUUUUCCGAAGAGGAUGAUCUUUUUCGCGAUCUUUUGAGCAAGACGCAAAACGACCGCUUCGAAUAGCUUACGCCCUUUGAUUAGAUUCUGAUGGGCCGCCUGACAUCCACCGUCGAAAUUCCGGAUCGAAGACACCAAUCCGGCCGCGAAAACGGCCGACACACAUCAGAAUCCGAUGAUUCCCCCAACUAUUGUCGCCGCCGCCGUAGCCCUAGCUACGAAGCCUAUGAACGUGACCAUCAGAGCCGCAACGUUAACCAGCAGCGCAACCGUUUUGGUUCACCUGAAUUCCGGAACCCUAGAAGACGAAGCCCUGUCGAAAUACCUGAAAGAAGACACCGUUUUGACCGCGAAAACGGUCGCUACGCAUCCGAAUCAGAUGAUUCUACCGAUUAUCGCCGCCGCCGUCACAGUCCCAGUUACGACAUCUAUAACCGCGGCCAACCUCGAAAACGCCAUCCUUCCGAGUCACCUGACGGCCGAAACCCUAGAAGACGAAGCCCUGUACAUGACCGACCCCUAAACUCUCUGCCAAAAGAAUUCGGCAAGAAUCGUAACUACCUGGACCGAGAUUAUCGGAAUGGAAAGCAUUCGGAGUCCGAAUCUGAUGAGGAGUUGAAGGGAUUGAACGUUGAAGAGUAUAGGAGGCUGAAGAGGCAGAAGAUGAGGAAGACAAUGAAAUUCUGUGUUUGGGAGAAUACGCCGAGUCCGCCAAGGAAUGAAGACGAUGAUUUGGAGGAUAAAGCUGAUGAAAUUUCGGAGAAUCAUGCUGAGGAGAAUGACAAUGAGAAGAGCAAUUCGGAUAAAGAAAAAGAGAAGAAGAGCACUAAGAGAGUGAAAGUCAAGACUGAGUCUGAAAAAUCUGCAAGUAGUGAGUCAGAGAGCCAGUUGGAAAGUGAUUCAGAAUCUGAAUCCGAUGGAUCGAGGUCUAGGAAGAGGAAGAAGGGGUCGAGUUCUAAGCGUAGAAGUAGGAAUAGCAAACGUGGAAGUAGGAAAUCAUCGUCUUAUAGUGAUAGCGAAUCUGAUGAGAGCGGGAGCGAAUCUGAUGAUGAGGAAGAUAGGAGGCGGAGAAGGAAGUCCAGGAGAAAGCAGAGUAGGCAAAAUAAGAGUAGCAAGAAAAGCAGUAGAGGAAAAAGAAGCAGGAAGAACAGUAGGUAUAGUUAUUCCGAUGAGAGUGGGAGUGGUGAAAGUGAAACUGAUGUGUCUGAGAUGAGUCGGUCUUCUGAUGAUCGUGUCAAGUCAAAGAAGCGGAAAAGCUCUUCAAAUUCAAGGACUAGGAGGAGUAAGAAGAGGAUACAAUCAGAAAGUGAUAGUCAAGGUUCAUAUUCGGAUAAGAGCUCAGAUUCUGGAGUUGAUGCCAAGAGUAAAGUAAAGGCAGAUGAGGCUAAGGUGGCUGAAAUUAGUGCUGAGGCUCUUAUGUUUAAAGAAAUGAUAGAGGCUCAGAAGAAACCUGCAUUGGAUAAUGAACCAAUGGUUGGCCCAGCGCCAUUGCCAAGAGCCGAGGGACAUAUAAGUUACGGUGGUGCUUUGAGACCUGGUGAAGGUGAUGCUAUUGCGCAGUAUGUGCAGCAAGGGAAGCGAAUCCCACGAAGAGGUGAAGUGGGUCUUUCUGCUGAGGAGAUUCAAAAGUUUGAGAGCCUUGGGUUUGUGAUGAGUGGUAGUAGACAUCAGAGAAUGAAUGCCAUUCGUAUUAGGAAAGAAAAUCAGGUUUACAGUGCAGAGGACAAGAGGGCAUUGGCAAUGUUUAACUAUGAAGAGAAAGCAAAACGUGAGCACAAGGUUAUGGCUGAUUUACAACGGCUGGUGCAGCGCCAUAUUGGGCAGGACGUUGGUCCUACUCACAAUCCUUUUGCUGGAAAAGAUGGGGCUGAUGCUUGAAUCUCAUGUAUGUUCAAUGAUGUGUAUUCUGUUGGCAUUAUUAGUUUAUUGCUAAUUUGUUAGCGCGUUUGUGUUGCAACAGCAGCAUGAUUGCUAAUGCUAACUGCUGAGAGUUGCCGAUCAAAGUGUUUUUUUUUUUUGUGUGUAAACAGCAGCAUUUUUGCUAUAGUAUAUGGAUUUGAGAAAUAAGAAAAUUGUGCUCUGUUUGCAUUUUGUGCACAUUUAUAAUUUGG